AUGCAGCGCGUCUCAAGUCUGCUCCCGCUCUGGGAGAGGGCAAAGCCAGUCGACAGCACUGGAGACGGCGCUGCGAAGAGGGCCAGCAGCAACACCAUCCCUACUGCCAGCAAGGCCAACCGACCAUCGAAGAAAUUCAGCUGGGCUGACCGUAUUGGUCUCGGCCGGAGCCUGAGUGUGUCCCCGGCCACUGCCAGUACCGGCUCCAUGAGGCCCGUGUCUGUUUCUGUCACGGUGCCUAGACAAAUGGGACGGGAGGCUUAUUGGCCGACAACUCUCGACCAUGAGUGUGAAAAGGCGGCUCGCAUCCUCAAAUCAUUCUGCACCGAUGGCUUCCUCGACGAAGCGGUCGAUUCUAUACCCACCAGCCCGACAAGUCGAUCAAGCAUCACCAGCCUCUCAUCCCCGCGGUUUCCGUCUCGACGCUCAAACGACGCACCUCCAACUUCGCCCACAACCUCAGUUAGCACCGUGAAAAAGAAGAUCCCACCCCGAGUUGUCCAGGAAGCCGUUGGUCUGGCUAUUUUCUCAUGCAUGCGCUCCGGCCUGUGGAUGUCUGGCUCUGGAGGCUCCGGCAUUCUCAUUGCCCGCAAGGCUGAUGGCACAUGGUCUCCGCCUUCGGGAAUCAUGUUGCAUACCUCGACCCUUGCCUUUGUUAUCGGUGUGGACAUUUACGACUGCGUUCUCAUCAUUAACAGCGUCACCGCCCUCGAGAUGUUUACACGCCCACGCCUCACACUCGGCGCUGAUGUGCCUUUGACCGUUGGGCCCCUGACCACGGUCGGCCUACUGGAGAAUGAUUUUCGAUGGAAUAACGAAAUGGGAAAUACAGUAUUGACCUACUUGAAGGCCCGAGGCCGCUACCGUCCUGCGCAGUUACACGGCUCGCUCGUCACCGAGCGCUCCAACGAGAAUGAGCGGUUCUACUCAGAAGACAACACCAGUGGCGGCACUGAACCUAUCGACGUUCUGGACAUAUUAGCUGGUAACAUUGGCAAAUCGGUCCCCGAAAUCGUGCCCCUAUUCGAAGCUAUCAAGGCCGCUGAGGGCCGUUCAGACUUCGACGCGGCCAUUAUGGAACAGCUGUCUAUGCAACCUGCGCCUGGAGACGCCGAUAUUGUCGACACGCCCGCGCUGUUACCUCCAACUUCGCCCAAAGCGUCCAACUUUGGACUGCUCGACGCUGCUGACCCCGACCCCUUUGGCAUUAUCGCCCUGGAGAUGGCUGGCCUGGAGAUCCGUGAAGCCGGUUCCAAGCACCGGCCCUCAAGCAACCAGUUUGACUACACAGCAAGCCCAACGAGCCCCACCUUUACCCAUUUCAACCGUCAAAGUGCGGACGCCACGCUCGAGCAUGGAAGCCGGGCCAGCUACAUGUCUACUCGUACGCAAGCCACGUCUAUGAACGAUGCGUGCACGCAGACCGACGUGGCAGAAACUCCAGACACAUCGUUCAGUCCUACCCACUCUGACGAUGGCAAGGACGGGCACGCUUCAACGACAUCAGAAAAGGUCUCCUCACCAGUGCCAGAAUUGGCGCUGCGAAACUCGCCUGUUGCACUGGCGACGGCAAGCAGGGAAAGCCGCAUUAUCCAAGCAAAGGGCUCACUGGUGACUAUUCCAAAACGGAUUCCUCCGCCGCUGCCGCUGCGAAGCCCAGCUAGAAGAUCUCGGGCUGGCAUAAGCGAUUUCGGCGAUAUGUCUGCUACCAACACCCCUUUCCGCCAGUCGUUCCAAAGCACAUCUGCGCUCCUUACGCCGUCUGCGCAACCAGAAGCGGAGACGACGGAAGCACCGACAGCGCGGUCUGUCGAAAUUGCUGCUUCAACACUUCCGACAGAAACAACAGCUUCUGCUGUUACCCUACCCGAGUUCAUUAGCGCCGAGAAGGCCGUUCCUACACCCUCGCCCUCAUCCACAGUCGUUGAGUUUAGUGCUACUGUGGCGAAGGAGGCAAAGAAGGAAGACAGCGUCGACUCUUCACCAAUGUCAAGGACGACGGAGUUCACCGCGUCUUCGGUCGACGACUCUGACCGAGAGCCACGUACGCCACGCCUUGACGAGCACAGCGCAGUGGCCGAAUGCGGCAGCCUCAGUGCUGUGAAGCCUGAGGAAGACUUGGAAGGAGAGGCACAGAUGGGCCCUCCCAACUCGUCCACGAUCACUGUGGUGUGA